GUGCGAGGAGCCUCAGUCGCAGCAGCUCUCAGUCUCAGCUGGCUUCAGGAUGGGUAGGAUCGCUAAGGAGGUGUCGGGUCAGACCCUCUGCUUCAUCGGUUUUGUGGGCACGUGCCUCACCUGCGGCAUCCCCAUGUGGCGCGUGACCUACUACAUCGGCGCCAACAUCGUGACGGGCCAGAUCAUCUGGGAUGGCCUGUGGAUGAACUGCGUGAUGCAGAGCACGGGCCAGAUGCAGUGCAAGAUAGAGUCCUCCAUCAUGACCCUGACCCAGGACCUGCAGGCCGCCCGCGCCCUCACCGUCAUCUCCAUACUGGUCAGCUUCAUCGGGGUGCUCUUGACGUUCAUCGGCGGCCGAUGCAGCAGCUGCCUGAAGAACGAGUCCUCCAUGGCCAAACUGGUCAUCUUCGGAGGUAUCCUCUGCAUCGUGGCCGCUGUGAUCUGUUUAAUCCCCGUGUGCUGGUCGGCGGCCUUCACCAUCUCCGAUUACCAGAAUCCUCUCGUACCCGCCACGCAGAAGAGGGAAAUAGGCAGCUGCAUAUACAUCGGCUGGGGCACCGCGGCCAUUCUUCUUAUCGGAGGGAUCAUCUUGUGCACCUCUUGUCCACCAAGAGAAGACAUAUACCCAAAUAACCCCAACAUGUAUCCCUACCAAGGGCCGAUGAUGGGACCAGCGGGACCCUACAUGCCGGUCAAAACAUAUGCGCCCAGCGUUGCGUAUACAGGGACUGGAACUUAUGUUCCCAACAAGCCAUAUGCGGCUCCAACAUACUCAGCCGUACCUGGACAAUAUCGAUAAGCCACAUACAUUACAUGGACUCCUGUUGCUGUAAACAA